AUGGUCGAAUUCCAAAUAUCUGCACCGGGCAAGAUAACUUUGUUUGGAGAACAUGCAUUCUUACAUGGAAAGGAUCAUUUAUUAGCGGCUAGCAUAAAUUUACGUACCACGCUUAAAUUCACCGAAUUAUCUGAUUUAUCGGAUUCUCAGGACGUUAUUAAAAUAGAAUUUUCUCAUAUCGGUCUAUCUGUAAACAUACCAUUACAGCAAUUUCUAAAUCACUUUUGCGGAGAUGAGCAGGAGUUCGCCGGGAGUAGUAACUUAUUGCACAGCUUGACAAAAAAAUUUGUGCUUUUGGAUUCGAAAAAGCUGUCGCUGACGCAGCAGAAAAACUUAAAUAUUUUCCUGUAUCUGCUCGCUUCUGUCACCUAUUAUGAGCAGAUUAAAAUAAAAUCAUUCCACGUACAUUUAAGCACGUUGUUACCAACGGAUAACGAGGGUUUGGGCACUACGAUGUCGUCCGCAGUCUGCCUCGCGGCGUGCUUUCUACAUUGGUCGUGUCUACAAAAGAAUGCCGCACAAGAUGCAAAAUUCGAUAAGAAUUGUCUCGAGAAGAUCUCGAAAUAUGCUCAAUGUCAGAAUUGA